AUGAACAACUUACCCUCUUUAUGCUGUAGAAGCAGCCAAGGUUCCAGAGCUGUAGCUCGGCCUGUGCGCUAUGCUUCAACCUCAGCCUCGACGUCACCAAAGCCUUCCCGUUCCAACUCGCGCCGCUGGCUAAGCAUCGUCUUCGUGGGCGCAGCAGCAGCAGGUGCGGGCGCCUAUAUCCAAUCUCAAAACACAUCAUCCGCGACCUUGAACCCAGAGACAUUUACAAAAUACAGCCUUGUGUCACGCGAGCCCGUGUCCGCAACCAGCAGCCUCUUCACACUGCGACCACGCAAACCCAGCGACAGCAACUACGAUGUCUACGAGGAAGCAUGGAAGAAAGGAGUCUGGAGUGUGAUGUUCAAGCAACCACAAUUACAAAUUGGACGAGAUUACACGCCGCUGCCGACGACGGCGGCGACAUCGCUAAGCGUCGACGACGAGAAUGAGGGCUGCCUGCGGUUCUUUAUUCGGAAAGAUCCCUUUGGAGAGGUCUCGCGCUACCUGCACACCAUCGAUGUAGGCGCUGACGUUGAGAUGCGUGGGCCCAAGAUCGAGUGUGCCAUCCCGAAGGAAACGGAGGAUAUUCUCUUUAUUGCUGGUGGAACGGGGAUUGCGCCGGCUCUGCAAGCUGGAUAUUCUCUUUUGAAUCGCACGGACACUGAGCGACGGCCGAAGAUCCAUAUAUUGUGGGCGAAUCGAUUGAAGGAUGACUGUGCUGGUGGUCACAGUGACUCGCUGAAGCCGCAGCCACGCCGGGGCUGGUUCUCUGGGUGGUUUGGCUCGUCGAAGAGUCAGGAAACUUUGUCGGAAAAUGCUGUUGAUGUUGUACGAAAAGAGGAUACUUCUAUUAUUGUGCGAGAGCUAGAGGCGCUCAAGUCCCAGUAUCCCGGGCAGGUCACUGUGGAUUACUAUUUGGAUGAGGAAAAUACGUUCAUUGGAAAGGAAGCUAUCCGAGGUGCUAUUGCCCCAGCGUCAACAAGUGACUCUCGCAAGAGCAAGUUGAUUUUGGUUUCCGGUCCUGAAGGGUUCAUCAGUUACAUGGCUGGGCCUAAGCUAUGGGCGCAAGGUCAGGAGCUCCAGGGCCCCCUAAAAGGAGUCAUCAAGGAACUUGAUCUCAAAGAUUGGGGUGUGUGGAAGCUCUGA